CGUUGCGGCCUGCAGGCGGCGCAACCCACUUAUCGCUCUUAUCUACGAGGCUCCACACCAAAAAAAAGACCCCCGGCCAAGCCCGUUUGCGCCAUUUCAAUCCCCCUGAUUUGCAGCAAAUGUCACUCAUCAGCCACGCCAUCGAAGCCAUGGGCAGCCAGAGCGGCGCACCUGCGCCGGCCAGGCUGGCAUCCUCCAUCGGAAUGUGGUCCCUGGUCAAAGACUGGUGGGGCGUGCCGCUGGCGCUCCGGAAACCAACAGAAAAAGCCGUUGGCACGCCUCAAUACACAGCCGCCCGAAGGCAGAACAUGAAAAUCGAAUACGCCUUGUUUCGCGCGGUGCUCUCGCCCGAAAUCCACAUUUUUCCCGUCGAGGAAGACGCGGCUGAGCUGGUCUUGCCCGAGGGAUGUGAAACCGACGCGGCGGCACCCAAAAUCGGAGCCCGCUUCAUCGACACGCCGCUCCCCAGUGCCGCCGUGGCGGGCGCACGAUUCAUCCAUGAGUUCGAGGUGACCAACGCGUCGAACACGAGCGUUCCACGGCGGCACAUCGUGUUGGUGCAUGGAUACAUGGCAGCGAUGGGCUAUUUCCUCAAGAACGUCGAGGCCAUCGCCCGCUCAUACCCGAAUUUGGUGGUGCAUGUGAUUGACAUGCCUGGAUUCGGCAACUCCGCGCGGCCAGAGUUCCCCAGCGCACUUUUGAGGCUCCCUGGCGGUGCGUCAAGGGCUGACGAGAUUGCUCAGAUCAUCGGCGUGGAAAACUGGUUCAUAGACCAGUUGGAGGAGUGGCGGCGCGAAAAGAACCUUGUCCAUUUCGGCCUCGUGGGCCACUCCAUGGGCGCGUAUAUCUGUAGCUGCUACCUCUUGAAGUACAACAGGCCAGAUGCCAGGAUCGUGGACCGGUUCAUUCUUGUGAGCCCCAUGGGCACGGAGUCCAGCGACAUCAGCUUGAUCAACAACCGCAAGCUCCAAUUCAACCACCACGAUGUUGCAAGCGACCCUUUGCAGGAGAUUUUCGCCUCGCAGGAUUUCGAGCACGAAGACAACAAAGAGGACGACUGGUUCCAUCUCUGGGAGCGUCUAGGCAAGCCGAGGUUCCCGCGGAACGCCGUGCUCAAGGCACUCUGGAACAACAACAUCUCGCCUUUCCAGUUGCUUCAGACGUUCGGCCCGUUCUACUCGAAGCUCUUGUCGUUCUGGUCCUUCCAGCGCUUCCAGAACUUGUCUGCAAACUUUGUGGAGCCCGCUGCCGACGAGAAGCCUGGCGGAGCAAAGCCGCAAAACGCUGAUUUGAUCUUGAAGCUUCACGAAUACUCGUUCUCCAUCUUCAACCAGUACCAGGCGUCAGGCGAGCUCGCCAUCACCAAGCUCAUCAACCACGAGAUAGUGCCCCGCAUCCCGCUCUGCGAUCGCGGCUUCGUGGAGUAUUUGAACGAUGCCAAAAUAAAGACUCUUUGGAUGUACGGGGACAGGGACUGGAUGAACUCCAAGGGCGGCGAGUAUUGUGUGGAAAAGCUCCGGGGCUUGAGCGAUCCGGACGCUGAUCUUGUGGUGCUCAAAAACGCCGGCCACCACUUAUACCUCGACAACCCAGAAGAGUUUAACAACGCCGUGAUCGGUUUCUUUGAGCCCCGGCCCUGCUGACACUUGGGGACCGUGGUGUCAGCGUGCAG